AUGAGGAUCUGUACAAUGAUAUUGUGUCUUAUGAUCAUGUUAUUCCCAGCUGUCCUGGCUGAUCAAAUUCCCGAGGGUUGUGUAAAGCUUAAAAAUCACCAGAUGGCCUUAUAUCUGGUCAAGUCCGACCUGAAGCACGAUGCCGAUCGACGCCAUGUGACGUCCCGCACAAAAAAUCCGGAACGGUGGACCAUCUACAAGGACGAAAAGUAUCCCAACCAUUACAAACUCAAGCACGAAGAGCUCGGGGAAGAUUUGUUCGAGUCCGUCCAAAGCUACAACGGGAACUACAUCUUCACCUGGAUUCCGAAAAGGUUGAUCAACGACGGUGGUGCUUCGUGGCACAUCUACCAGAGCAGUCCGGGGUACUUUAUGUUGAAGAAUAAAAAGUUCAACCACUGUUUGAAGUGCCUAAAUGUGGAUAAUAUGAUGGCUGCUGAUGCGGGUUGUAAUACCUGGCGGCAUGAGUGGGCGAUUGAAAAGUGCUGAAUUUUGAUUGAAAAUUGUACUAUUUUAUAAAAUUGCGUAAAAUAUUUACAGACGGUCUAUGAGUGCAUACAUUACCAAUAAAUAAAAAUCGGUCAAUCUCAGA